AUGGCACAGAAAGAUGGGGCAGCUGUUGCUAAAGGCCAUGAAGAAGGAACAAAACUGGCAAUCUCUAUCUUGGAAGAGUUUGGACUUCCACUGGGACUUCUUCCUCUGGCUGACGUAAUUGAAGUUGGUUUUGUUAGAGGCACCGGUUACAUGUGGAUCCUGCAAAAGAAGAAGGUUGAGCACAGCUUUAAACUGAUUAGCAAGCUGGUGAGUUAUGAUACUGAAAUAAAUGGUUAUGUGUUGAAUAACAAAAUCAAGAAGCUCAAAGGGGUGAAAGCCAAGGAACUCAUGCUUUGGCCUCCUGUCAAUGAAAUUACUGUUGAUGAACAACCCGCCGGAAAGAUUCACUUCAAAAGUCUAGCUGGUAUCACCAAAACCUUCCCAGUUGGGGCUUUUGCUGCAGGCCAGUAA